GGGCUUUGUGUAUGACAGCCGGAACAAUCUCCAGAUGAGAGGGUUGGUGGUUUUGUUGAUCUCCAAGACGGCCGGACCAAGCCAGGUCUCAUCAGACCUGCUGGCCCAGGACAUGGUCAGUGGCAUCUAUCCAAGCCAGAGGAACUUGGCAGAGAUCACGGAGCUGAUUCACACGGCAUUCCUGGUUCAUCGUGGGAUAGUUAAUCUUAAAGAGUGGACGGUCUCAGAUGGGCCCCUAAAAGACAUGGAGUUUGGGAAUAAGAUUGCUGUGCUGAGCGGAGACUUCCUGUUGGCCAAUGCGUGUACAGGGUUGGCCCAGCUCAACAAUACCAAGGUGGUUGAGCUCAUCUCUAGUGCCAUUGGCGAUUUAGUCCAAGGGAUCUACUAUGAGAAUUCCAGCAACACCGAGGACAAUGGCAUCACUGAUGGCAUUGACAUUGGAACAUGGGAGGAGCGGACGUUCCUGUCCCAUGGUGCACUGCUUGCCAAAAGCUGUCAAGCUGCGAUGGAGCUGGCCCAACAUGACAAAGAAGCCCAGAGACUGGCCUACAACUAUGGCAAGCACCUAUCGCUAGGACACAAGCUGAACUCAGAUCUUCAGCCGUUUGUCAAGAGUGUAGAGCCAAUGUCCUUCAGUUUAAGUGCUGCCCCAGUGGUGUUCCAUCAGCAGUGUGUGGGGCAGGAGAGGUGGCACCAGCAGCUGCAACAGGCACAAACUUCAAGAAAUAUGCUGGAUUAUUCCAAGCUCUUGGCCACAGUGAAGUCGGACAAAGGCGUGAGCUCAGCGGCGGACUUAUGCUGUUACCAUAGUAACAAGGCUCUGGAGGCCAUCCAGGCUUUCCCCGCCUCCGAGGCUCGAUCCGCCCUGGAGAACAUCGCAUCAGCCGUCACCAAAUUCUAACCUGGACACACACGGACUCUCAGGAACAUGUGACAGACUGGGGAGCUUUGUUCACUGCAUCAAAUACAAGUAAAACAUUUGUGCCUCAGGUGUUAUAAGGCUGCCUUGGUCAACUCUGCAAAACAGUCAUAAAUAAAGCGAAUUGCUUUGGUUUUACAUCAUCUGUUUUUCUCUUGUAUGUGGGUGAGUGAUGCCAAGUUCUAAAAUUGUGUAAAUCGGCAGGAGAUCACUUGGUAGAACCUUUUCCCACUGAUCCAAAUGUCAGUGGUUUGAUCCCACUAGUAUACUGAUGUUGUGUCCUUGGGCAAGGCACUUAACCCUCCCCGUAUGAAUGUGUGCAUCAGGGGGUCAGUGUUUCCAUGAUAUAAAACACUCACAGGAGGUAGACAUAUGCUAUUUAAUGUGGCCAUUUGCAAUUUCAGUAUAUUAUGGUAGUGGGAGUUCUCUUUUUUGUCUUGAAUACCCUCUACUGUAUAUUUUGUCUUAAUGUUAUUGUAAAUUUGUUUUUUAGUAUAUAGCCAAUUAUAAGUAUUAUAUUUUCUAGGUAAAAUUAUAUAUACCAAAAUCUGAAGUCAUUUCAGGUACUCCCUGGCAAGUGUUCACGUACCUCCAAGCGUCCCUGUACCACUGGUUUAGAAACAUGGAUGUGUAAAUGUUGCUUUCCUAAAACUCCCUCAUUCACCUAGCUUUUACUCUUGGCAGAUGUAGGUGUGUGCCGUCUACAAUAAGAAGAGAUGGCACAGAUACAGUGUGUUGUCAUUUGUGGUACUUGAUUAUGUCUGUGCCCACUACCCGUGUGAGUAAAGUCAACUCGGGGGCGGGAAAAGGUCACAGAGCCUCUCCCCUCUGCCCGGCCAGCCAGCGCACUGAAGCUCCGCCAAGCAGUAAUUAUUAAUGAAGAGACCUGAGCAAAUGGACAGGAAAUGCAGAGGUAUUGAUUGGCUGCCCUGCUCUAAGCCCUGCAGACUGGCGCCAGCCUGGGGGCCUGUGGUUUCCCAGGCUGCUGUCUGCGGAGAGGGGACCGCCGAGGUGUGAAACAGGGCCACUGCUGGAGCUGCUGCCACCACCACACCUGAAGGACACAUCACUGGAGAUGGCAGAAAUCAAGCUCUCUUAUCAUAUUAGAGUGAUAACAUUUGUCUAAAGUGAUAUCUGGCCAUGUUUUUAAAAAUACAUAAGUGCGAUAUCUUAUGACAGAAAUUAUUAUUCAGAACGAUAAUAUUGAAGACCAUUUUAUCAAAUACAGAUAUCUCCAGAAUUAAAAAGGCACAAUGAAACAUACAAUAAAACAUAUCAAUAUUUAUAGAUAUAUCAUUAUUCCACCCGCCACAGCUCAAUAAAGUACCCUACUAGAGUGAACAAAAUGGACGGACUAUGAAGUCAGUUGAAUAGUUAUUAUUUUGAUAAGUCCAAUUUGUUGUCAUUGUUAUUAGGACAACAAUGGUAUUUCUUUAUUCUUGGCAGAGGUGUCAGUAUCUUCAAAUCAAGUCUUCAUAUCACCCUAUCAUAUCACCAUACUAUUUUAUUCUGGCUCCUUCGAAUGGUCCGAAAAUAGUUGUGGCUUUGGAGAAUUGUCCAGGCAUUAUCCAAUCUUAGAUACUUGUAGCUGCUGUGAAAACCAAGUCACCUGUUCUGAUGGUGGUCAAAUAUUUAUGACACAAAAUGGGACAUCUGUCUGCCUAGAUGCAAAUUGCCAGUUUUACAUUAUCUAUAAUAAAUGACCGAACAUUUUGCCAAAUUGUUCAACUCUCUACAAUGGUAACCCCAGUAAGAAAUUACCAAUCAAAGAUCCUAAAUUGUAGCUGCACUUUUAUUAAGUUACUUACAUUAUAAUAGAAUUGAAAGAAUUUGAGUUCUGUACAUAGUCUAGCACACUAAUGAUAGUAUCUGGAAUAAUUGGAGAGACAGGGGAGGCAUGACAGUGAAAGGCAGAAGACUACAAUGACUCCGGAUGACUGGGAAGCAAUAAAAAGUGAGAGGAGAGAGUGAAGUCUUUCUGAAACACACUUCUUUCUGUUGCCGGUUUGUUCGUCCACUUCCUCCUGUGUUUUUCUUUCCACUGUUUGAGCUUCCUGGGUACAGCGAGGUACAGCAUGUGCCAGGGAAAGCCUCGGGCCCUUCAUAAAAUAUUCAGCCUCGCCGUGAGCAGACAUGAGCAAAGUUACAUGGAAAGUUAAAAGGACCAAACAAGGAAGGAGACUGGGGCACUGCCAGAAUGACAAAUAUAGUUAUGAACCAAACUUUCUUUAUAAAUAGAUGAGCUCUGGCCUGUGCAAUGAUGCUCCCAGCACAAAUCAACUCGUCACUGCGGUGGAUAUGUUAGAACUUAGAAUUAAUUUGUAACAUAAAAGAGCAGAAAGUAGAGUAGACUUCUUCCAGGGUUACAGCGUGUUUUAAAGGUGCACUAUGUAAAUUUUCUGGUGAAGGUUUUUCCACUUGUUUGUGUCUAUAGAGAUGAUGCAUUGCCUUGAGUGUUCUCCAGUAUAGCAUUAAAUUUAUCUAUAUUCAUGGAGACAAGCAGGUGUAAAAACAAACAAAUACCUUGACAUUAAAAGAAUUAGUUUUGCAAUAUUUCCGGUACAAUCAAUGCAAAACAGAUACUUUUAAUGCAAAGCUUUGGAACAUUUCAGGCAAAGCAAUAACUUCUUACUGGAGGCAAGCAAGUGGCUGAACCAGAAAAGUUAUGCAGUGCUCUUUCAAAUGGAAAUGUUGGCAUCACUGUAUUAACCUGAUACUAUCAAGCUCAAAUAAAAUGGUUUUGGGA